CCCUCGCCACGUUCCCGACCUUGCUCUAUUUCCCCUCGCCUUCCUUCUUCCCCCGACCGGCCAGAACCCAGAAGAGAGCACCAAACCCAAAAUCCAGGCACCAUACCCGGCGUAUAGGCGGCCGCGCUUGCUUCGUUGCGUUGGCGAGCGAGUGGACAUGGGGCUGGAGAUGGCGCCGGUGGAAGAGGAGAGAUCGCCGGAGCAGCCGGAGCUGCAGAUUUACCCGCUGUGCCGCUACUACUUCGGCGCCAGGGACGCCCGGCCAUGCGCCGGCGAGACUGCCGCCGACCGCGCCCUCCGCCUCAAGGCCAACUUCGCGGCUCGCGGGCUCCGGACCUGCGUCCAUGGCGUCCUGCUGGUCGAGCUCUCGGGUCACCCCCACGUGCUGCUCCUGCAAGUCAGGAACUCCUCCUUCCUGCUCCCGGGCGGCCGCCUCAGGCCUGCCGAGCAAGAUGUCCAAGGCCUGAAACGCAAGCUCUCCAGCAAGCUAGCGGCCGCGGAUCGAAACGGCGACCACCACUGGCAGAUCGGGGAGUGCAUUGGCAUGUGGUGGAGAUCCGAAUUCGAGGCCAGGCCGUUUCCAUAUCCGCCUCCGAACACUCGUGCACCCAAGGAAUGCGUAAAGCUGUUCUUGGUUAGGCUGCCCAUGGCUCGCCAGUUCGUCGUGCCGAGGAACCUCAAGCUCCUAGCCGUGCCUCUGUCCCAGAUUCACGACAAUCCUCAGGUAUAUGGUCCAAUCAUAUCUGGAGUUCCGAAUCUGCUCUCCAAGUUCUCCUUCAACCUUGUCAGGGACUGAUAAGGUGCUUUGUGUCGGGUUUUUUUUUGUAACAAGGGGCUGCAUUUUUGGUUAGCCGUAGAACAAUGUACAGUACACGGACUGUCAGAUAAGACUAUGUUUGUACUCUCUUUUUUUGUGGCGAAUGAAACUAUGUUUGUACUUGCCAGCUGCAGCUAGUUCAUCCCGUCUCCGUUCGGACGUGGCGACGGUGGCACAAGGAUAUUCAUACCUUCUUGAAGGCGUCGUUGCGGAAAAGGUUGAUUUAGUCAUAGGUGUUAUUUUCAUAUCUUGUAAUGGUUCGCCUAUGGUUGCCUUGGUUUUAUACUCUGCUUAAUAAUUAAUAAAAUUGGGUGUGUACAUCA